AUGGAGAACAAACGGGCAAACGGAGAAGAAGAUGAAAUCGCCGAACAAGGAAGAAUACUAAGUGAACCGAAUUGGAGCGAGCGAGUGGAGGAUCUCGUCUCAGCCGGAGACGUCUCGGCGGCGAUCUCGUUUCUCGAGUCUCUGGUGACCAAUUUUCAGUCGCGGCUCGGUAAUUCCACCUCCUCCUUUGGCGACAGAAGAACGGAGUUAGGGCUUCAGUUAGCAGCCGCUCUAACCCAAUUGGCGGAUCUCUACUCUUCUCAGGGACUCUCUCUCAAAUCCGAUGAGCUCCGCACUCGUUCUUCCCUCAUCAAGCAACGAGCGCUGGAUUGCGAUGUUGCCAAUUCAAGAAGUUCCGGCGAUGCAGAGAAUCAAGCUGCCCAGCCAAUUGUUGAUUCCAGUGAACCAAAUGUCUCUCCUGCUGAUGUGAAAACGGAGAAUUCCACAAAAGCCUCCAGCAUCAAUUCGGCAGCUCAUGAUUCUUCAGAUGAUGACUGGGAAGCUCUUGUAGAUUGUGAACCGAGUAAGUUAUUCUCUGUAGAAGAGUUGCCUGAAAUAUCAAAGCUUUCAGUUGAAGAACCCAAAGUCGAAGGACCUAAGAGGCGUGGAAGGGGGACAUUUACGUAUAAGAGAGAUACCAUGUACACUGAUCGAGACUUCGGUGAGUCGAGGUUUGAAGAUUCAGAAGAUAACGAUAUGUCGCUUGGCUCAGAGAAGACUGAUGAUGAAUCACUGAAAUCCAAGUAUGGCACACGCCAUGUCCUCGUACUUGCUAAUUUUUCUCCAAGUUUGAGGACUAGUGAUUUGGAGAAGCUUUUUGAGGACUACAAAGACCGUGGAUUUGUCGUUCGUUGGGUCAAUGAUACAACGGCACUUGCAGUCUUCAAAACCCCUUCAAUUGCUCUGGAGGCUUGCAAAAAUGUUCAGUGUUCAUUCACAAUACGUGUUCUCGAUGAUCACGAUUCUCUUUUGGGCUCGAUUUCUGGAAAAGAUUUGGAACCGCCGUCUCAAAGACCAAAGACAUCAGCGAGGACAGCUCAACGGUUGAUUGCACACAGCAUGGGGUUGAAGCUACCGGCUUCUGGAUUCGGUUCUAAAGAGCUACGAGACCAAGAAGCUGCCCGCAAGAACCGGAUUGUCUCCAGGCAGAAACAACGGGACGAUGCUUGGGGAGACGAAUGA